AUGAUUAACAAUUCAUGUUCAUAAGACUAGAGUUACUAAACAGUAGAAAUUAAAUAGGGAAUUAAAAGAAGUGUUAAAGAGAUUUCAAACUAUACUGAAAUCAAAGCAAGUAAAGAGUAGUUUAAAGCAAUUAAAAUUAAACAAAAAUCUUACAUAAGAUUAAAGCAAUAAAACAGAGUCUACGCAUUUCCAUGUUAUAAUGACAAUAUCAUAACACAUAAAAAAGGAGAAGAUUAAUUGCUUAAACCAAGAGUAAAAAUGUGUUAAUGAUUUCUUUAGAAUUAAGAUGAUGACAAUGAAUCUGAUGAUGAAAUUAUAUAUCAGUCUCUUAAAUUUUCAUUAAAUACAUUAGUUGAAGCUUUACAAAAUGAAAAUAAAAGAAAGUACUCAUUUCAAUAAUUCAUUUAAAAUGAUUUUCUAAAUAUUCUUAAUGAAUGA